AGUUUAAGGGAGUCCCACUGGCAUGCUCGCCAUCUGAGGCGGAGAACACGCUCGAAGAGUGCUCUCCACGCCAGGCAAGACAAAGAGGCACUCCCGAGAGCCUGAGCGAGAGCCGCCGCUACCAACAACGCCGCUCUACAGGAUAGUUCCUGGCCUGUGAUUGGAUGAGAUGGCUGUGUUUCCAUUGCUGCUCCUUCGUGGCGGUGUUCUCCUGUUCCUUGCUGAUUUCCAAGGUGUGCGUGGGCAGCAGGCGUUCAAGACGGAGCCCCAGAACGUAACGGCGAGGGCGGGGGCCACGGCUCUGCUCAAGUGCGAGGUGUUGCGCCUCUCCGGUUCUGUUCAGUGGGCCAAAGACGGCCUGCUGCUCGGGCCCCUCAGGUCCCUGCCUGGCCACCCGCGCUACACCAUGAUCGGCGACGAGGGCCGAGAAGGCCAGUACCAUCUCCAGAUCGCAGACGUGCGCCUGGAAGACGACUCCCCCUACGAGUGCCAAGUGAGCCGGUCCAAAAGCAGUCAGCCCAUCAUUUCCCGCACCGUGUGGAUCAAUGUGCAGAUCCCCCCAUCACAACCCUCCAUUGAGUUGGACUCCGAGGAGCCCUGGGUGGAAGGGAACGAGUACACCGUGACCUGCAUCGCCCCGGACGGGAAGCCAGAAGCUGCCAUCACCUUCUUCAGAGAUGGAGAAGAACUGACAGAUACACAGCCUUUUACGAUGUCAGGUUCUGAGGAUAAACUCCUGAACACUCAUGCUGUAGUCCGGGUCCGAGCGCGACGUUCGGACAAUGGGCGACCGCUGCUAUGUCGGGUGCAACACCCUGCCCUCUCCCAUGCCUUGGAAACCAAACAGCUCAUGAAUGUGUACUUUCCACCUCAGGUUCCAGUGAUAGAGGGCUUGAGAAGUGAAAACGUGAAAGCGGGUGACUCUCUGAGGCUGGUCUGCAUGUCAUAUGGAGGCAACCCUCUGGCCACUCUGCACUGGACCAAGAAUGGCGAAGUGCUGUCCACAACCUGGGAGGUGGACACCGCCUCUCAAAGUGCCAGUAGCGCUUUAAAUAUGGAGGUGAAGCCAGAAGAUAACGAAGCCACGCUGAGCUGCGAAAGCGUCAACGCGGUGUCCCGGUCACCUCUGUCCGUCACUCGGGCUCUCUCUGUUCUCUUCGAGCCAUCCGAGGUGGUUCUGAGGGGCUCGUCUGAGGCCAUAGAGGGUAAGGAGGUGUCACUGUGCUGCCACACCACGUCCAGCAACCCGGCAGUCCAAAUCCGCUGGUGGCUUGGCUUUCAAGAGCUCAACACCAACAUCUCCAUCAUCUCCAAGGGUGAAAACGGAGGCAUGACAACAAUGUCGAACCUGACUCAUGUGGUGUCCAGGGAGAAGAAUGGACUCCUGCUUACCUGUGAGGCAUUCAACAAAGGCACACGAUUCUCCAGCGUCAAAUCCAAGACCCUCAGUGUCUAUUAUCCUCCUCAAAAGGUGUGGUUGGAUGUCCCUCCUACAGGAACCCCUCUGCGCUCAGGGAAAACCAUACGACUGGUCUGUUUUUCUAGUGGAGGGAAUCCAACAGGGCAUCUGGCAUGGUUCAAGAAUGGUAGGACAGUGCAGGGUCUUUCACGGCAAAUGCAGUCUGAGCGAGGGGUCUCUCGGGAGUAUCUCCUCACCCUGCAACCCAACGACAACCUGGCCACCUACCGCUGCGAUGCCACCAACAAGGCCAAGACCGUGCUCUCCACUGAGACCAAGCUGCACGUGCACUUCCCUGCGGUGAGUGUGAAGAUAGUGGUGAGUGAGACGGAGCUGCGAGCGGGACACAGUCUCAGACUGCUCUGUGUGGCUGGGAGCAGCAACCCGAGAGCCAACAUCAGCUGGAGCCUGGGAUCCACCAGGCUGGUGGGAAUAGACCAGCCUCUGAAGAAGGCGGAGUACGGUGGAGUAUCUGUCAGCAGCCAGCUUGUUCUCCCCUUGGGCUCUCAUCACCACGGCAACAGGAUCACCUGUCAGGCCUUCAGUAACCUGCUCUCUGAAGGAGUCAACACCUUCUACACUCUUAAUGUUCUCUUCCCCCCAGAGUUCUCAGCUGAGCAGCCUGUAGAAGUGGAGAUCACUGAGGAUGAUGCCGUCACCAUUCCCGUUAUGGUGUCAGCCAAUCCUGAUGAUAUUUCUUGUGAGUGGAUAUUCCACGGGGAGAAGGUGAAUAAAGAGCACGAUCAUCGUUACCACUUUCCCAGAGGCUGGGUGCUGGAGAUAUGGAACGUGACCAGGCGAGAUGCAGGCACAUACACAGUGGAGUGUUCCAACGCAGAAGGGAAUCAGAGCACCAAAGUCAAGUUGGACGUUAAAUACGCCCCUAGCGUCCACGUGAAGACGAGCCCCAUGUUCGUGAACUUGGGGGACACCGCUGUCCUGCUCUGUAUAGCCGACGCCGACCCUGUGACCUCUGGCAUGUUCACCUGGAAGUGGAUGGGUGAUGGUGAGAAAGAGGAGCUGGGGGAGGAGAGUCAAGAGGAAGACACUGGCCUGCUGACUCUGUACAACGUGACCCGCGAUCAAGCAGGCCCUUACCAGUGCACAGCGGACAACGGCAUAGCACCACCUGGCAGCGUGGUGGGCAAGCUCAUCGUGCGCUUUGCACCGGAGUUACAGAAGAGGGCGCAGUGGAGAAAGGUAGCAAGCAGAGGGGAUGGCAGCACCAGCGCGGACCUGGUGUGUCAGGCUGAAGGUGUCCCGAGUGUGCAGUUCACCUGGGCAAAGAAGGGAGUACCGCUGGACUUCACCAACCCCAGGUACAGGGUGCGGAAAGCAAAAGAGGGUGCUGUCCACACCAGCACGCUGACUGUGGUGAACGUAAGCGCAGCGCUGGACUACGCUGUCUUCACCUGCACAGCUCGCAACAGCCAGGGGGAGGACACGCUGGACAUACAGCUCCUCAGCACCAGCUACCCGGACCCACCUUCUGUGCUGAAGCUGCUCGGCGUCGCCCCCACCUCUGUCACACUGGAGUGGAUGCCUGGCUUUGAUGGAGGCCUCACCCAGAACUUCCGUGUCAGGUAUCGAUGGGCGGCGUCUGCGAGUUAUCAGUACGUGGACGUCUUUCCUCCGAGAGCCACUGUCUUCACGGUUAAGGGCCUGAUCCCGUCCACUACAUACGGCUUUUCGGUCAACGCCUUGAACUCCGUGGGAGAGAGCAGCUAUGCAGACAAUGGCGCAGUACUGAAUGUCACCACCAUGGAUCCAGAGCCCGUGCCCAGCGAGCCGCAGCCCGGCCUCCACCUGGACCCGUCCAGAGUAUAUGUCAUACCGAUCCUGGUGGGCGGAGUCCUCCUGCUGCUCAACGCAUUAGGCUUCUUUCUAUUUGUCAGAUGGAGGAAAGGGCGGAGUUUGAAAGGGAGAGUGGGUGACGGUACGGAAGGGAAGAAAAACGAGCAUGACGGGUCGACGACGAGCAACUCCAACCGCUACGAGAGUCAAGAGUGGACCAACAUGUCAGCGCAGCGGACCCUGAUCCUGGACGCGAGCUCCGAGCCGGACAGCAGCGGUACCAGCGUCUACGAGAGCUACGGAGGGGAGAGUUGCCACUAUUACUACCCAGCCGAGGCUUACCGGCCUACCCUGUACCCCCACUGUGAAGCCCCGGAGGAGCACAGCAACAGACGUGAGGCGAACCCCGUCGGCCACGAGUACGAGGAGGUGAGGGACUACCGGGACUUGCUGGGGGCUGCUCUAUCCCCUUCUGCAGCCCCGCCUAAUGUGGAUCAGGCACCACCAGCUGCGUAUCAUGAGGGGAGGUGGCGCGUUGGAUCUGAUUUGGACCCAGCAAGGGCUGUGUAUAAUUCCAUGGCUUACCGACGCAGAAGGGACUCUGACUUGCCCUUUGAACUGCGCGGCGAGCUGGUUUAAAAGACAGCGAAAUGCCGAAAGCUUCUUUGAAAGGUCUGUAGUUACUUGGCGUUUGACAUUGACCUUCUUUGUUUCAAUUACUUAUUUUUUAUGUAUCUCUAUAUCAGAUUAUCUUAUAAAUUGGAUAUAUAUGUUGUUUGUUUUUUUUACGUUGAGCUUUGAUUUCUGCUUUUGAUUUACAUGCUUGAGGUAAGGCUCAAAAGGUAUAUCACAAUACUUUCAUGGAUUUUAAUGACAACACUUUAUCGUGAUGUUCAUGCCAAGGACAAAAACAAUAUAAUACAAGCUUCAUCUAUUGUUGGCUGAGAAUAGACUGUUUUGGUUAUAUUGCAAUAUUACAUUAUGAUAACUAAAUGCAUACUGUGAUAGUGGCACAUCUUUUGGUUUAUAGCCCAGCUAUAAUUUCAAGGCACUUGCUUUUAUGCUAUGGCACCAUUGUGGACUUUUCUUUAAAUAAUCCCUGUCAGCAAAGCCAAGUACUGCAAGUAUUAACAUGAACGCACUUCCAGAAGUGGACACAAGAGGGCACCAUGCUUUGUUUUUCCUAUGUUGACAAACAAGAGGGGUUUUUUGUUGUUGUUAUUAUUAUUCAUGUUUUUUUUCCCCCAGUUAUUGUUGUGUGAUAGUUAAGGGUGGGAGUGAUUUUACAAUCUUAUUGUUAUUUGGGCAAGCUCCUUCACCUUUAUGUUUGUAGAGGAAAGGAUCUGAUGUCAGAAACAUGCGAGAGGUGAGGUCUCUCUUGCCAAACAUAUGGCUCGUUGAAGUAAACAAUGCAGCCAUUACUGGACAAGGUGGAUGUUGGGUUUUUUUGGGGGGUAUGUCCUCUUUUUAGGUAUCCUUUCUAACAAGAGGUUACAUAAUAUAUAGGAAGAAAAUAAAAUGUGUGCUUUCUUUUGGAAAACAGCUUCGAAUACAUGCUGAAAAGGGCAACCGUUUCGGUAGCUCAAUGGCACCCUGAACAGAAAACAUCAUAGAUGUAGUCAAAAAGAUGGCGACGGAGUCAGCGCCUCGCCGUGGAUCAGGGGCUGGCCGAUCGCCGUUUAAGCCCUGUGCCUGUGCUCCUGUCCUGGCAGGUGUCAGUGUUAACAUUAAUGGGCUUUUGUCACCGAACGCCGAAAAGUACAGAAACAUCCCGAUGCACCGUUCGAUCCAGUGUGCACGCGGUAGUUUCACAAAAAGGAACGCAGAGGCACCGUGAUUAAUUGCUGUUAUUAGUCCACAGUUUGUUCUUGAUAAUAGACGCUAAAACAUUUAGUCCACUCCAUCAUUCUGAUUGCAACAGCACCGGUAAUUGUACCGGUUUGACUGGUCACGCUUCUUGAAAAGAUUUUGUAGAUAUAAGGAGGUAUGAUGAAAAAUAUUACGUACUGAUCUUCAUCCAGUGCCUGUGAAUGAUUUAUGGUAUUUUCUAAAACACACAAUCUCCAAAGUAACCAGAAAUAAACAGUGAUAUUUUAUUUCA